GUAUGGCUCCCCAUCAAGAUAUCGAUCUCCUCACGCUGGACUAUCACAUCCCGGCCUGCAACGGCUUCGAGUCACUUGAAGCUGAGAUCAACGAUGAAUGGGUCAAGGUGCCUUCUGUCCGUGAUCACUUGACAGUCAACUUUGGCCUCAUCUUAGCUGCUCUUACCUCGAACCGCGUGAAGGCCACCAGGCACCGCGUCGUGGCACCCCCCAAGGCUCAUCAGAAGGGCUCCAUGCGCAUGGCCCUGCCUUACUUUAUGAUGCCUAGCAAUGACGCCAAGAUCUUGAUCCCGGAGGAUUCUGACCUUUGCAAGUAUUUGGAGGAGUCGGAACUGAAGGAGGGUGCCACAGUCCGUCAGUUGGUACCUCGCAUCCUUGCCCACUUCAAAAGAAAGUAA